AUGAAAGGACCUGAAAGUACUCAAUGCACUGCCAAUAGUAUUUUGUCCAAUCCUUAUGCAGGCAUUCAAUUUGCCCUCGAAAAACGACGCCGAAAUCUAGAAAAGCGCAAGAGUCGCCUUCUUCAAUACGAUACAGAUUUGAAAAAUGGUAAAAAACUCAGUGAACAGCAGAAUGAAGCUCGAUAUUGUAUUGGUGAAGUUGAGACGCAGCUUGAUUUCUUGAAGGAAAUCGGUAAAGUUAUUCUUUCGCUUCAGAAAGACUAUCUCCGUAGCGUUAAACAGUGGGAGGAUGGAUUGAAGAAAGAACAAGUUGAAAAUAAUCAGAAAGCACUGGAUGAUUUCGUUUAUCUUCGUAAUGUCAUUGAUCGAUUCAACAGAUUGGAAAUGAAAGAAACUUUUGCAAAAAUUACAAAUGAUGAUAAAAAAAUAACUGAAAGCGAAUGCAAAUUGAUGGAGAAUUUAUCGAAAUCGUUCAAUGUGCAUGACGAUGAAUUUGAAAAUUUAGAACAAUUCAAAGAAAAGUGUUGUGAAAAUUCGAAUAUAGCAUAUAAAAUCCUUGUAGGAAGCAAGGAGAAAGUUAUGGAUAAUUCCUCAGGACUAGAAAUUAAAGAACUCGUAAAUAAAGUUGCCAAUUGUCAGCUUAUUUUUGAUGUUACUAGAGUUGACGACCAAUUUGUCAAGCCUGUAGAAUAUCCACUAGAAUCUGAUUUUGAGCAUCCAAAGGAAGAUUUAAAGGUAGUUUUUGUACAUGUAAAUGCUGGAUCGACAGAAAAUUGCGCGGAAAAUGAUGUGAAUCAGAUAGGAGAUACAGAAUUCGGUUUUGAGGCAGAGAUUGAUCCAAAUGCACUUGUACGUGAUCCACCUCCACCAAUUCCUUUUCCUGCGACUGUUGUCCCAGAAGAUCCUACCAAUGCUGUGAGAAGUGAUGAUGGCAGCAGUGACUUCUGGGUCGUCGAAACGAAGCACAAAACAUCUAAACGUCGUGGGUAUGGAAUUCAGAAUGGUUUUGAUAAGGAUAGUGUUCAAGUAAAUGGGUCAGAAAUUCGUAGUAAUGAACGCCGUUCAGUUCGGAUUUCGAAAGGUAACCAAGACGGAGGGGAUGGAAAAGGAGCCGAUCUUGUGAAAAGUUCCGAUGGAGAACAGCGUAGCUAUGGUGGUGGCAAUAAACGACAGGAUCGUGAUAACUUCGAUAAUUCUCGAAGUUUCCGUGGCAAUUCUCGUGGUAAUUUCCGAGGUGGUGGUAAUACAGGUGGACGCAAUGCUCCUGGUGCUGUCCGCCGUGCUUCAGGAAUCCGAAGUUCCAACAAUAAUUAUAGUAGUGGUCAAACAAAUGGUUCAAGAGGGGGUAACGGUGUAAUAAGAGGCUUUAAUGGUUAUGGUUGUAAUCGGCCACCACAACCGCGUCGUCAGUUAGGAUUCAAUUUUGCUUCAGAUGCGUUCUGA